CUCUUUUUAGUAGCUCUCUAGGAGGCAGAAAAUGGAGGAAAAUCUUCCUCCGGGGUUCAGGUUCCAUCCUACUGAUGAAGAGCUCAUAACUUAUUAUCUUUCCAACAAGGUUUCUGAUUUUGGUUUCACCUCAAAAGCGAUCACUGAUGUUGAUCUCAACAAGUCUGAGCCAUGGGACCUCCCAGCCAAAGCCUCCAUGGGAGAAAAAGAAUGGUAUUUCUUUAGCUUGAGAGACCGAAAAUACCCAACAGGAAUGCGGACCAAUCGAGCUACAGAAGCUGGCUAUUGGAAAACAACAGGAAAGGACAAGGAGAUCUUUCGUGGUGGUGUUUUGGUUGGAAUGAAGAAAACCCUUGUCUUCUACAGAGGUAGAGCUCCCAAGGGUGAGAAAACCAACUGGGUCAUGCAUGAAUAUAGACUAGAAACCAAGCUCGCAUUCAAAACUUCAAAGGAGGAAUGGGUGGUUUGUAGGGUUUUCCAGAAGAGUGCAACAGUGAAGAAACCACAAGCAGCACCAUCCUCACCACAAUCACUAGAAUCUCCUUGUGAUACCAACACAUUUGCAAAUGAAUUAGGAGAUAUCGAGCUUCCAAAUUUUAGUACCUUAGCAGUUAAUUCAGCAAAUGGGAUCUUCAGCAACAUUUCUCCACAAACUUUCUCCACUGACAAUCUCAACAAUGCUAUCAACUGGGCAGCAAUAAGAGAUGCAGCAAAUGCUCUCCCAUCACUCUCUUCUUGGCCUUCUCCUAGCUUACUAAGUACUGCUAAUCUUGCAAUGAGUGCCCCUUUGCUUCUGAGGGCGCUGCAGAUGAGGAAUUAUCAGCCCAGGGAAGCAACAACAGCCAGUACCGAUUACUCAUUUAUGCCACAAGGGAUGAUUUCUAAUCAGUUUGGAAAUGAUUUUAGCUCGCAUCUGGCGGCUUCUUCCUCGUCUAAUAGGGUUUUAGAUCAUCAUUCUGUGCAGCAACAAUCGCAGGAGCAACCAUUUAAUUUGGACUCCAACAUUUGGUGAGGUGCCUAACUGACUAACUGCUUGUAAAAUUAGUGUUGGUUAGUUUAUUAUCGUAUCCGAUGCUCCGUGGAUCCAAGACGAUUAUUGCAACUGGCAAGGCAUCAAGAAAAAGGUGGAUCAUACGUUGAAUAAGUUCGAUAGCGUUAAUAAUAUGUGCAGUCUACUUAGGUCAAGAAGUGAUGAACUGGGGAAAAUCCCUAGUCAUUGUUGUACUUAUUUUCGUCAGAAGAUCAAGCAUCCUCAAUCGUCAAUUUCCAUUGUAAAGUGUAAGAACCCAUUAACAUGAAACUCCAAACUAUUUGUCGACUUAAAGUUAUGCAGUA